AUGCUGAGCCAAAUUAAACAGAAGCUACCAGAGGAGCAUCGUAUCGCCUACUAUAAGAGCGUGCGAGAUGACCACACUGAGGAUUCCUUCACCGGACUUGUCAAGUGGUUGUAUAGACAGCUACUAUUACUGGAGAAGGCGAAGCCGGCCGGUGUGGAUAGUCCAUCGACCCCUCCACCACAACAAUACAGAAUGUCCAAGUCUUCAAAUGCUGCCACAGUAAAUGAGUCCCAGCAGUACCAGCCUGGCAAGGAUAGAUGGCCAGGAGUUGGAGGAACAUGGUCAUGCCCAUUGACUGUCACUGAAAUUGACCAACCCUGCGGUGACACUCUGAUAAUACUACCGGAACAUCUCCAUCAGUACAACCAUCUCUCUGAAGUUGACAUUCCCAUUGCCUCAUCAGAGACCAUCGAUGUACUACUUGGUGUUGACAACACACACCUGAUGAUCUGGGAAGACUACAUCCUCGGUGGAAAGUCCAAUGAACCUGUAGCUGUCAGAUCCCCUUUUGGCUGGUUCAUUCAAGGUGGAAGAUCUGCUAGCUCAACCUGUCUGUUGAACUAUGUCAAUGUGUCAGCUAUCGGACCAAUCGAAGAGUUCAUCGGCCUGGAGAGUGUUGGCCUUGAGCCAAGAAGGUAUAAAUGCUCUACCGACCUCCUCAACGAAGGCGCAACCAAAGCAAUGGAACAAAGUGUGACCCAACUCCCAGAUGGUUCGUAUGAGAUUCAACUUCCGUGGAAGAAGUCGCCCGAAGAUCUUCCGGACAACUACGUUUUUGCAGUAAAAAGGCAGAAGAGCCUACAGAAUCAGUUUAGGAAUAGGCCCGAAGAAUGGGAAACCUACUGCAAGCAAAUGAGGGAGCAACUUAAGAGAGGAGUUUCUAGAAAAGUCUCAAAGGAAGAGUUGCAACGAGACAGAGAUGCUGGGAUGAAGAUGUGGUUCCUACCUCAUUUUGCUGUCACCAAAGACAACUCCUGUCAGAGUAGUAUACGAUGCGAAGUAUACGAGUUGACAACAGUCACCUUUGGGGGCAAGCCAUCUCCAACUGCCGCUAUUGUCACCCUAAGACACGUUGUAGCUGUUCAUGCACCCGGUGAUGACCACAUGAAGAAAUUGGUCGUGGACCAGUUUUACAUGGACGACCUCAAUGAAUCCGUUGUCGACACCGAAAAAGCUCUCAAUCUAAAGUCCAAACUGACGAAGACACUACAAAAGGGCAAUUUCGCCAUCAGAAAAUGGAAAUCUAACAAAGAGGAAGUGUGCGACAGUACAGAGGAUAACAAGCUAGCAGUGGCUUUGGGGACUAAGUGGGAUCUUAAGAAGGACGCUUUGAGGGUCAAGGAAGUAAAGCCACUGCAGAAUACAUCUACCAAACGCAACAUUUUUGACCAAACAGCCUCCUACUAUGACGUUUUUGGUAUGUUGUCGGGUAUUCUCGUUCGACCCAAGAUCCUUUUGCAAAAAUUAUGGCAACUAAACCUAGAUUAG